AUCCGUUGGGAUUUAGGGCCGGCCUCGAGGUGCCCCGAUCAGAGGAAUGGAACCUGCCUUCGGGGAAGUGAACCAGCUCGGGGGGGUAUUUGUCAACGGGAGACCCCUGCCCAAUGCAAUCAGGCUGCGGAUUGUGGAACUGGCGCAACUGGGUAUCAGGCCGUGUGACAUCAGCCGGCAGCUCCGCGUUUCCCACGGCUGUGUCAGCAAAAUCCUGGCUCGCUACAACGAGACAGGCUCCAUCCUACCGGGGGCUAUCGGCGGCAGCAAGCCUCGGGUCACCACUCCCACGGUGGUAAAACAUAUCCGGACCUACAAACAAAGGGAUCCGGGCAUCUUCGCCUGGGAGAUCCGGGAUCGCCUGCUGGCCGAUGGCGUGUGUGACAAGUACAACGUGCCGUCGGUCAGCUCCAUCAGCCGCAUCCUCCGGAACAAAAUCGGGAACCUGUCUCAGCAGAGUCACUACGAGACUUACAAGCAGCACCAGCCACCCCCACAGCCUGCUCUGCCCUACAACCACAUCUACCCCUACCCCAGCCCCAUCGCUGCUGCAGGAGCCAAGGUGUCCACCCCUCCCGGGGUGCCGGCAAUCCCCAGCACCAUGGCCAUGCCCAGAACGUGGCCGUCCUCUCACUCCGUGACGGACAUCCUGGGGAUCCGAUCCAUCACCGACCAAGCAGUGAAUGACACUUCGCCUUACCCCAGCCCCAAGGUGGAGGAAUGGAGCAGCCUGGGCAGAAACAGCUUCCACUCGCCGGCCCAACACGCCGUGAACGGGUUGGAGAAGAAUUCCCUUGAGCAGGAGGCCAAGUACAGCCAGGCACCCAGUGGCCUCCCAGCCGUCAGCAGUUUCGUGUCAGCACCAGCCAUGCCUCCCUACGCCACACCAGCCCAAGUGUCACCUUACAUGACGUACAGCGCCACUCCAUCCAGCUACAUGGCGAGCCAUGGCUGGCAGCACGCCGGGGGUACCCCCCUGUCCCCCCACAGCUGCGACAUCCCCUCCUCGCUGGCAUUCAAGGGCAUGCAGACAGCCAGGGAGGGCAGCCACUCUGUCACGGCCUCUGCUCUCUGAUGCAGGAGCUGGUCCAGGAGCACCACGAGCUCACUGGCUCCUCGCCCCCUGAGCCUAGCUCACGGACUGCUCUCUUCAUGCUGGCGAUACUUGGCAUUUCUCCUCAUGACUUGUCUCCCGUAAGGCUUUUGGGAUUGAAAGAGCUGAAGACAACAUCAGAAACUGAGAGAAGUGUGGUGUUGUGCUCUUAAAGACUUUGUGUCCCUCAAAGGGCUCGUGGAGCCUUGUUCUACUCUCUCCUGGUCAAACCACACAUAUUUAUUCUUAAUCAUCACAAACUUUCUAAAUGUGCAAUUGUUACUAAGAUUUGUGCAAAAAUCAAUAAAGAAAAAUCACUACAGAAAAUUCUGCUAUGCCUUGAAUCAGCAAAGGUGGCUGAAUGGGAAGUGUUUGCCAAUUGCCUAGAGAACAACCCUUUAAUUGAUGAGAUUAUACAAUCCACUGUUAUUAAGAGGUCCUUUUUUGUUGUUUUAUUGGGUUUUGGUAAUCAAAUAUAGAACAAAGGCAAUAGGUGGCUUUCCGAUUCUUCUGGCAUGUUGCCAUUGUCAGGCAGUAGUAAGACCUUUGUGAUUUUAUCCAUUUGUAAAUAGAGGCUUUCGACAGCAUUUGUUUUCACCUCCCAGUACAUUUCUUACCUUUUUUUUUUUAAGAAGAUGAUUUCUAGUUAUUUUCUAUGUCUUUGCAUGGUGGGGUGAUAGCCUCAGGUGAUGAGGUUUAGUUAGGGGUUUUUGGUCAUGUUUUUGUGCCACGGUGGAGGCUUCAACAUCUUAUGAAAUAUUUCUCUCUUUGGCAGAAGAGUCAAAGGCAGAAAUCCAGAUAAGUAACUCUCCACAGUCAUAGCCAGCCUCCCAGAUUCAUGAGACACCACAUUUGUAGGAAGUGUACAAACAGAAAUGGGUGGAAAAUAUCUGAACAAAACUGAAAACUGUAGAGGAAAAUGCUGUUAGUGUGCAACCUGUGCAGAGAUGCUUACAAAGCCCUAUCAGUCAAAAACCCCACUCAGAAACAGAAUUGUACCAUCAUUCUCAGCUCACUUGUGUCCAGCCCUAGGAUUAUAUUGUAAUUUUUUAAACAGAAAGUUGUCUUCAAUUUCUCCUUUAAUGAAUGUAAAGUAUGGCUCUUGGUAAAGUUUACAUUGUUGUUCUGAAGCAUUUUUUUUCCUUUUAGGUAUACUGGUGGUGGUGCUACAGAGAUACUAUUUAAUAUAAGCAAAUUUCCUUUCUACAUUUCUGUAUGCAGUGGCAAGUACUCUGUGCCAGUUAUUUUGCUUUAAACUUUAAUCCCAAGAGAGCUAACAUUCUGAUCUUUGAAAAUUUACCUGUUUUCCUUGGGCAAUAAUAAAGUUCUGACUAUUAUUAUGCUUUUCCCAUGCUGUAGGUAUGUUCAGAAUAUGAAUGUGGACAAAAAAAAAGCCUGGUGUGACAUUUGAUAUCCAUUAUAGACUAUUAAUAUAUUGUGUAUUUUAAAAAAUGUUUUGCAAUAACAUAAAUUACUG